AUGGGCUUCCAGGGGAAGAAGAAGAAGACCCAGCCGCAAGGCUCGGCGUCGGUGGACCAAGAGGACCAGACACUUGCCGAUCGCCUCCGUGAGCUUAACGCCGAGUCGGCACACACCAGAGCGGCAGCUGCCGACCCUUCUCCCCGCCGAGGCGCCACUACCGAAGGGGCUUCCUCCCGAGCGGCCGGCAAACGGCCUUUUACUGUCGAUCUAGAUGCCGAACCGGCCCCAAAACGCGGGCGGCAUGCCGAGCCAGCUCGGGCCAUCUUCGCCGCCGAAAAUGACGAGGAGCCUGCCGAUCCCGUCACCCUUGCCUGUCCGUCGAAGACGGUCCAGUUCGCGAACCACAUGAUCAUUGGUUCGCAAAUGGAACUGAGCGAGAUCGAGGAGCUGCCGAAGAGGCUCUUUCGGGAGGAGGCGGGUCGCGCCUUCCGUCUCCAAGCAUCGGCUUCGAUGGACAUGUGGCUUUGCAUGAAGCGGGCCAUCAAUGCCUCUGAGAAGGCGAAGAAGGCCUACGAGGACGGCAGGGCCAGGGUUGCCGAGGCUGGCAAGGCUAUCCAGGACCAUGCGAACCUGGUGAAGGACUUACAAGCUGCCGAACGGCAGGUCAAGGUUUAUGAGUCUAAGUUCGCGGACCUGUCGUCUGCCCUGGAAUCGGCACGGCUGUCGGCAAAGGAGGCUCUGGAGGCGAAGGAUGCCGUUGAGGUGGCUCUGGAGGAGUCGGAGCGUGCCAAAGCGUCAGAGAUUGAAGCUGCCGUCCAGGAGGCCAUUCGGAAGUAUCGCCACUCUACCGAAUUCUCUACCUUGCUCGACAAGGAGGUGGGCUCGGAGAUGGUGGAUCUCAUCUACCGAUUCAAGCGGUACAAUCCUGGGACGAAGCUCAAUCUGAACUUUGUUGCCGAUCCUCCUCCCCUUCCUGAAGGCGUUACGGAAGAAAUGAUCGAAGAGUACGAGGGGGAAGAUGCUCCGGAAGAGCCUGAAGCUGCUGAUGCCGAAGGGGCCGAUGCCGAAGGGGCGCCUUCCGAGGGUCCUUCUUCCUGA